UUGAUGUUGGAUGCUAUGAGGGUCGUCCACAAAGGACCGCAGGUAUCCGUGGACAAACCAUUUCUGUGGGCCGACGGCCGUGUGAAUCUGAAAGCCUCCCUCAACAAAGCGGCAUAUGUGCACGGGGAGAAUGUUACCGUGACGCUCGACAUAAAAAACGACAGCCGGAAAGUUGUGCGGAAAAUUCGGCUGGUUGCCGUGCAGCAUGUGGACGUCUGCAUGUUCAGCAACGGGAAGUUCAAAAACAUUGUCGCCGAGGUGGACGUCAGUAAACACAUCGGUCCGGGAGACACCCUGCAUGCGUCCUAUUCACUGCUUCCGGUUAGAGGAACAACCAAAAACUGGAUUGCCGUGGAGGGUGCGCUAUUCAGUAGCAGCUUCAACGAUCCCAGUGCAGCGGCCUACAACUCCAAGCUGGCAACCAGUGCGCCCCGCGGGAUUCUAUCAAUGCUCUCCGCAUCGGAGGAAAAGAACGUUUUCGCCAUAUAUGUGUCCUAUUACGUUAAGGUUAAACUAGUACUCAGCAGUAUGGGAGGAGAGGUUUCACUUAAGCUACCGUUCGUCCUGGGCAAUGUGGAAAUUUCCGAUCCCAGCGCUAAUCCGACUACCCUCAGCGGUCUCAAGAAGCUCCGGGAGCUUAGCAGGAAAUCCAGCUGCAUCGCCAGUAAUGGCGGUAGUAGUAUGGACAUUGUACCACGAUCACCGGUAACCAAAGAUUAUAGCACUCCAGAGUUUGAUGACGAUCACGAUACCACCGAUCGCAUCAAUAGAAUUGCUGAACUCAACAAUCAGAACAAACGAAUGCCAGGUCGGUCAAUAUCAGCUGCCUCUCCGACGCGAUUACCAGUUAAGGAUAACGGAACCAACAACCGGAGGGAACUUUUUAAAAAUUCUAAAUUUAACGAUAACCUCAACAGUACAAUCGAUGUGAUCACCGAAGACUUUCAAACAAUCACGGCUAAUAUCAGCAAUCUGGUCAAGUCGGACUCGAGCAAAUCGAAUCUCAACGAAUCGGGUUUGGCCUGCCAGCAAGAGAUUAGCGUCGAGGCUCAGAUCCACUGUCCUCUGGCAACGGACGACGGCCUUACGCAGAAUUGAUUUAAGCAUACCAAAGAACGAUUACCAAGUAGUGAAAUAUUGUUAUAGGGCUAUCCAUGAAGCUAUUUUCCAUCAAAAGAGCUGUCACUCAUAUAACAAUCUGUCGAAGACCUCAUGAAUCAUAGCGACCAUGGCACCUCCAGGAUCGAUCUGAGAUCAAUGAAAUAUCUCAAAAUGAAAUACACUCUGGCAAAACCUCUCGUAUUUUUCAAUCCAUAUACUGUAGCGCCAUUGUUGCGAAGCGGAGAAUGUUUAAUUAUUUGCAUUAAAUAAUCAUACGAGGACAUAUACUCCAACGAGAUACUGAACUUUCAAAAAAUAAAAACUUUUAGUUGAUCGGCAGCUGUUUCAUGAAUAGCCUUUUAGCAGUUGUAUGUAAUGCACCUUCCCUAAGUUAAUCAUAAGAUUAGAUCUAUAAUCUGUAAUUUUGACCUUUUACCGAUUCUCAACCUGCUGGAUAGCGUUGAAUGUUUAUACAAGAAAAGGAAACUAAACGGUAAAGUAAGUUUUACCAAGUAUUAUUUUUACGAACUGUAAAAAAACUGAUAGUCAUAAUAUAGAAGGAAACAAAUGAUCACUUUUAUAUACAGUCGCACUCUAUUUGUGAUGUAAAAGAAGAAUUA